UCUUGAAUGACCGGACAAUUGAUGUGAAACAGGAUUUCACUUUUGGAAUCAACCUAGCAAAUGCUGCCCACCCCUGUGUGACCUCACCAUGUGCAAAUGGAGGCACCUGUGUUCCCAAGAAGGAGAGCUAUGAAUGUGACUGUCCCCUGGGCUUCGAUGGGCAGCAUUGCCAAAAAGAGUGUGGAAGUUACUGCCUAAACACCAUUACAGAAGCAAUUGAAAUACCACAAUUUAUUGGUCGCAGUUACCUCACAUAUGACAAUCCAGAUAUCCUGAAAAGGGUAUCAGGAACAAGAACAAAUGUGUUCAUGAGGUUUAAAACUACAAUGAAGGAAGGCCUUUUGAUGUGGAGGGGAAACAGUCCCAUGCGACCUAACAGUGAUUUCAUCUCUCUAGGCCUUCAGGAGGGAGCAUUAAUAUUCAGCUACAAUCUGGGCAGUGGCAUUGCUGCCAUCACGGUGAACGGCUCUUUCAGCGACGGCCGGUGGCACAGAGUCAAAGCUGUUCGGGAUGGACAGUCUGGCAAGGUAACUGUGGAUGAUUAUGGUGCCAGGACCGGUAAAUCCCCUGGGAAGAUGAGGCAGUUAAAUAUCAAUGGAGAUCUCUACGUAGGUGGCAUGAAGGAAAUCGCCCUGCACACGAACCGGCAGUACCUGCGGGGGCUGGUGGGCUGCAUCUCCCACCUCACGCUCUCAACUGACUACCACAUCUCGCUGGUGGAGGAUGCUGCCAACGGGAAGAACAUCAACACGUGUGGGACCAAGUGACAAGAGAGGAAUCCCGGCGCUGAGGACUCGGCGUGUGCUUGUGUGUGUGGCUGAGCGAGAGCUGGCUGGCGCAGUCCUCUACAGCCGGACCACGUUUGCCAUCUGGGAAGGUGACAAAGCCAAAGGGAAACCCAAGAACAACAAAAAAAGAGAACAUUUUCCCCUCUCAUUCCCUCUCCUUUCCUGUCCUUUCCUGUCCAAAUGAAAUCCAGCAUUUUGUGUAUGAACCGUGCCCUCUACCCCUUAAGUGUUUAGUGAACGCUGAAGGUUCAGUGCAAACGGCAAAGUGUGAUGUUACGAGUAGCUCAAUGACUGUGUUUUGUGGUCAUUAGGUUAUCUUUUGUAGUAUCAGAGAAAGCAAUCUUGAAACACCUGCAAUUAUCCCACCCUGCAGUGAUACAGUGACUGUGCUGUUCAACAAAUACACCAUCGGGCAGCAUAUUUCUGCAUCCACAUGUAGGUCCUGGAACACGCAGUUCUCCUUACCACUCUCUGAUUUAGCUAAAUUAUGUUUCAUCCUGUAUAACAGGAUAACAGUUACAAUGACUGGUUUCAAAAUAUUGUUGUUUGUUAAGGAUGAAAGUUCUUACAAGUCUACUUUUUUAUUACAAGCAACAAAAACAAUGAACCAAUUUUGUAGAAGUAAUUUUAUACUUGUCUAUUUUUUAUAGCAGCAGCAGACCUGCUUACAUGGCAUCACUUUUAACAUCUACAUGUACUAUACAAUUAGCUCUUUGCACACUUUCCUAAAAAUAGAAAAGUGACCUGUGGCUUAAUGUCUGUAUUAUACAGUUUUAAUGGGGAUAUUUGUGAGUUAUGACCAGUUUUACAUUUGACUCUUUUUGUUCUGUAAAUUUUGACAGUUUAAAAUUGUACAUGAUGAAGCUUUCCUGUCUUAAACAGAUUAAAAGA